UUGUUUCUUGUCGGAAACCGGAAGUCGAUAUUUAAAAAAGAAGAACUCGUGAAAAUGGCUACAGUUAGGAAGCUGUCAUGUCUUUUCAGCUACCUAAACAAAGGCGUUUGCGAAAUAUUCCUACUUUUGUGGUUGCUGCAGUUUUCUUCCGUGUGCUCAGAUAUAACAGACGGCAACGCUGAGCACUUAAAGCGGGAGCAUUCACUCAUAAAGCCAUAUCAAGGUGUUGGAACAAGUGCUUCAAGUCAAUGGGAUUUCUGGGGGAGUACUUUAGUUACAAGCCAGUAUGUGCGUCUGACACCUGAUGAACGGAGCAGGCAAGGAUCCAUCUGGAACACAGUGCCCUGUUACUUGAAAGACUGGGAAAUGCACGUGCAAUUUAAAGUUCACGGAUCGGGGAAGAAGAAUCUCCAUGGAGAUGGCAUUGCAAUUUGGUACGCAAAAGAGCGAUCACAUCCUGGACCAGUCUUUGGAAACCAGGACCAUUUUGUAGGCCUGGCUGUUUUUUUGGAUACGUUCCGCAAUGACCUCAACGGCAUGGAUCGUUCCUUUCCCUACAUUUCUGCAAUGGUGAGUAACGGCACGGUGUCUUACGAUCAUGGAAACGAUGGCCGCUCUACAGAGCUGGGGGGCUGCUCAGUCGAAAUAAGAAACAAAGACCAUGACACAUAUCUUGCUAUCCGAUACUCCAAAGGCAGACUCACGAUUAUGGUUGAUGUUGAUGACAAGAAUGAGUGGAAAGAGUGUAUCGAUAUCACAGGCGUCCGCCUUCCUACCGGUUACUAUUUUGGGGCGUCUGCAGCCACAGGAGAUCUCUCUGACAACCAUGAUAUCAUCUCUAUGAAAAUGUACCAGCUGAUGGUUGAACACACUCCUGAGGAGGACAGUCAAGACUGGACUAAGAUUGAGCCUAGCGUCAGUUUGCUCAAGUCUCCCAAAGACAAUGUUGAUGAUCCAACUGGCAAUUUCCGGAGUACACCUCUUACCGGCUGGAAGGUCUUCCUGCUUCUCUUAUGUGCUCUUCUUGGGAUUGUUGUUUGUGCUGUUGUGGGAGCAGUGGUCUUUCAGAAACGACAAGAGAGGAACAGGAGAUUUUACUAGACAUCAGUCAUUACAGGACAAUUUUAUGAACUCUUUAUGAAUGUGAAUGGGCAAGGGUUUUUUUUUUUGUUUGUUUGGUUUUUGUUUUUUUAAAGCAUUUGGACAAAUGUUGAAAUGUUGAAGUGAACAAUUAAAUAAAAGAGGAGGGUGACGGAUAGCAGCAGUAAUUUCAGUUCAUGCAAUGCACACCAAAUUACACAUUUCUAAAAAAUUAAGUUUAAAAACCAUCACACUACUUAAAUCAGUGUGGAGGCUUAAACAGUGUUGAUACGAAAAUUAUGGUAUCUACACUUACCACUUUAAUCUGUUUACUAGUUUGAUCGGUUUUAAAUAUGCAUUAAACCACAUACAUGAUUGUAGAUCUUUUACGUUUAUAACAAAAACAUUUUGUUUUUAGGAGCAUUUCGCAUGUUUUCAUCAGUUGCUUCUUUGGGCUUUGGAUGGGAUUAUGGGGAACUUUGAGGGUUAAAUAUGGUUUGGUGUUAUGUUUACUCCCGUUUUAUCUUUGUUUUAUGUUUUACCACACACACCACUAAGGCUCUGGAUUAUAUUUGCUCUAAAUUUCAUUUUAGGGAAACUAAAAGAAAUGAAAAGAUGUUGAAAAACAUGUUAAGUCAAGUUAAGCUGAUUUUUGUCCAGUUUACCAACCUGCAUCAUUAUGUUUAGGGUAUUUUUUUUUGUCUUCUUCAGCUCCAGCAGUAUUGUCUUUUUUUUUUUUAACCUGUGAUUGCAAAUGCAAAGUAUUAUUGGCUGCAUUAAUCUAAGAAAUGAUCUGCAUUUGCUUCAAAAUAAAUGGCAUAUUUCACUAAACACGUAAAGAUAAAGUGCAGUUUGGAGAAUUUAAUGAAGAAAAAAAAACUUAAUUUUCAACCUGAAAUACCUUAAACCUGUCUGAUAAGAAUCUUGUGAAUGUAACACAGUACAUGGUUUAGUUCUGGUUCAAUAACACUGACAUUUAACUGGUCCUUACCAGCAUUUACUGUGAAACAGAAAAGGCAACAUCUGUACAACAACUGUACUAAAUAAAGACGUUCUUCCAGUA